CCGUGAGCCAGUCGGGCAGGGCGGAGGGUCGAGGCAGGAGGGGGAGUCUGUGCUGCUCCUCUCAGUCACUCCCACUCUCUCGCCUCCAUUAUUAUUUUGUGCGGUAUAAUUCCUCAGUUAAAAAUGGCGGAGAUGGACGAGCAGGAGAGGAAAGUGGUCAAUGAAUUUUGCCAUUUGCUGGAGAAAUCAAAGCAAUUAUUUAAUGGACUAAGGGACCUGCCGCAGUACGGACACAAGCAGUGGCAGGCUUACUUUGGCCGCACCUUUGACAUUUAUACGAAGCUGUGGAAGUUUCAACAGCAGCACCGACAGAUUCUGGACGCCAAGUUUGGUUUGAAGCGUUGGCAAAUUGGAGAAAUUGCCUCAAAGAUUGGACAGCUCUACUAUCACUACUACCUGCGCACGAGUGAGACGAACUACUUAAACGAGGCAUUCUCCUUCUACGCGGCAAUACGAGGGCGCGCUUACUACAGCCGAACAAACAAGGAGGACAGAAAUGUGCAGAUGUCAGAUUUAAUGGUGAAGAAAUUAAGGUAUUACGCAAGAUUCAUCGUGGUCUGUCUCCUGUUGAAGCGAAUGAAGCUGGUCCGAGAUUUAGUCAGGGAACUCAGCAAACAGAUUGAUGAAUACACGUCAGCUUACGAACCAGAGGACCAAUUGGAGUGGUCGCUGGUGCUGGCGGAAAUCAAGUCGUUUAUUGAUGCUGACAACACAAUAAAUGUUCUUGAUAUGGAUUCAAACAACAUUGUGCUGUCUCAUAGGUUGAGCACCCACAACACCCCCCCAGUGGAGAAAACUUCCACUAUGAGCCUAACUUUGCAGGAAAUUUUAAUUGUAGGAAACUGCAAUGACCAGGUCAAAUUCAGCGAACUGACCAUCGACAUGUUCAGAAUGCUGCAGACCCUUGAGAGGGAGCCGCAAGAAGACAUGACGCAGAUUUACGACACCUCUCCUGCCCCAGCCAAGACGCCCUUUAACGGUGAAGCAGUCCCCACCACCACCACCACCAGCAACAACACCACCACCACCACGACCACCACCACCACCACCGCUCCUGGAGGCCCUCGGACGAUGAAGAGAGAGAACCCACACAAAUAUUUGCUCUACAAACCAACGUUCUCGCAGUUAAUGGUGUUCUUGGCCUCUGGAUUCAAGGAACUUCCUGCAAACGGGGCGAUGUUGCUCUACAUAUCUGCGGACGGGGCCUACACAUCCGCCAAGCACCCGCAGGACCCUGGAUACGAUUUCGGAGGGGUGGUGACAAACAGCAAACGAGACACAGAACACAACACCAGCGGGGGCAAGAGAGCGCUACAGUUGAAGGACAUGCAUUGCUUCUACCCGGGGGACCUCUACGCAUUCACCCGGAAACCGCUGUUCAUCGUGGUCGACUCGGAGAAUUCUGUUGUGUUCGGAAACAUGCCCCACUUCUUCGGACAGCCCCUGGUGGUGCUCAUGUCACCCCAGGAUGUCCCGUCACAGUUCCAGGACCAGCACCACCGCGGUAACCUGUUCACCUUGUUCCUACACUCCCCUCUGAUGGGCCUCUGUCUCGUGAGUUCGCUGUGUGACAUUCCUAUGGCAUUGUGGGAGAAGUGCCAGGCCCUCGUCGACAGGUUCUCAGCUGAGGCAUCCAGGCUGGUGGCACGCAGCAGGAGUGUGGAUCCCUCCUUCCUUCAAUUUUUUGGCGACGACUUCCUGCGGCUUCUAAUUCUGCGCUACAUAUUCUGUUCCACCGUUUUAAGAGCCCACCGUGUUUUCAAGGGUCGCCAGUUCUACCCCCGCACACACCCAGCUCUCCCGGAAGCAGAGGUACUGGACCACCCCUCCCUGUACGGCCUCGUCCUUGACCUGGCCGCCGCGCUGGACGUGACCCACCUCUUCUACGACUCCCGCGACCUCCAAUGACCCCACCCCUCCGCCUGCUGACCUUCCCGGGGGGCGGGGGGCUGGCUUUCAUAGGAGAGGUCAACCGGAUAUCGUCUUGGCUGGGGUCAUUUCUGGUAAGUCAGUCUCAGAGUCGGGUGGUGACCUAUGCCGCUGCGGAUGCGCGUGUGGGGGCGUCCGGCGGCUACCUGGCCAGACAGACGCGCUACCUGGCCACGCACGCUGCGGCGGCGGCGGCGGCCACGGGACAGACUGGCCAGGGAGGUCAAUCUGGCCCAGUACCAUCCACAUCUCGAGCCUCAGAUAGCCGCGCCUUCUCCUCCUCUUCGUCAAAUUCCUCCUCCUCCUCCUCGCAUCUCUCGGCCCUGAGGUACCUAAGGGGUGGAGGGGGAAGCCCACUCCCUCCCCCUCCCCCACCCCCCGCAGCACCCCCCAGAGCAGGAAGGGGAGGAGGAAGGGGGCUCUAACCUAACCUGGAGUCCCCUGCCCAAACGUAAUGAAAAAAUAAAGGUCACUGAGAAACUGUGUGUGGCGCUGCUCUGUGGGGGCAGGGAGGGGGCAGAGGUGGCCGAAGGGGACAAGGGGGCGUCGGAGAACCCCACCCAACCCCGGC